AUGACCCUUUUUUCUCUUUCUCGUAUCGCUACGCGCCCGGCCCGGGCCGUACUUUCCGCGCGCACGGUCACGACGUGGUCGCCGGCGCCGACGCCCCAAGCGGCUGCGCUCCGCCUCAAGACCGGCCAAGUGUUCAACGGCAAGUCGUUCGGUGCGCAGCACAGUGUGUUUGGCGAGACGGUGUUUUCGACGUCGAUUACGUCGUACACCGAGUCGCUCACCGACCCCUCGUAUCAAGGCCAGCUGCUCGCCUUUACCACGCCGCUGAUCGGCAACUAUGGCGUGCCGAACAACAAUGCGGCGGGCUCUGCGCGCGAGCACCCGAAUGACGUGGACGUUGGCUGCUUCCUCGAGUCGAGCGGCAUCCAGGCCGCGGGCGUGAUCGUGAGCGAGCUGUGCGAGCGCUUCUCGCACUUCCAGGCGUACGAGUCGCUCGCGAGCUGGUGCGCGCGCCACAAUGUGCCGGGCAUCCAAGGCGUGGACACGCGUGCGCUCACGACGCUCCUGCGCAACCAGGGCUCGACACUCGGCGCGCUCCUCGUCGGCGACGACGCCAAGCGUGUCCCGGAUGCGGCCGAGUACAUCGACCCCAUGGCCGAGAAUCUCGUGGCGCGCGUCUCGGUCAAGGAGCCGCACACGCUGCACCCGGUCGGCGGCGCGCAGGCGGCGCGUGCGCACGUCGCGCUCCUCGACUUUGGCUGCAAGGCCAACAUUCUGCGCUCGCUCCUGCGCGAGGGCGUCAGCGUCACGGUGCUCCCGUGGAACUAUGACUUUAACGCGGUACGCGACCAGUUCGACGGCCUCUUUUUGAGCAACGGGCCGGGUAGCCCCAACUCGAUCCGCCCGGCCGUCGAGACGGUGGCCAAGGCGAUCAAUGAGUGGACCAAGCCCAUCUUUGGCAUCUGCAUGGGCAACCAAGUGAUCGGCCUUGCGAUCGGCCUGCGUGCGUACCGCAUGAAGUUUGGCAACCGUGGCCACAACCAGCCCGUGCUCGCGCUCGGCUCGGGCGACAUGCGCGUCGAUGCGGGCCGUGUGUACAUCACCUCGCAGAACCACGGCUACGCGCUCGCGUACGAGGAGAGCGGCCCCGAUGCGUGGCCCGAGGGCUGGCAGCCGUGGUUCAUCAACGCAAACGACUGGAGCAUUGAAGGUAUCGUGCGUACGGAUGCAAAGGACACGGCCAAGGCGCCAGUGUGGGGCGUGCAGUUCCACCCGGAGCACGCGGGCGGCCCUGAAGACACGAACCCCUUGUUCGUGGACUAUAUCGAGCAGGUCGUGCGCUACAAGGCCUUGCAGGGCGCGCCCUUGUAUGCCAGCACCGCACAGGGCGCCCAGGCCCGCUUGUAG